CGCGCUUCGGCGGGCGGAGGACGGGCCGCGCUUCCUCCCGGGCCGCGCUUCCUGCAGCGGGCGGACCGGGCCGACACCGCCGCCGGGAGGCCCUCCGGGGCGCCCCAGGGACCCCGCGCUCGCCCGCCGCCGCCCCCGCGGAUGCUGCCCGGAGCCCCGACCGCCCCGGCCGCCCGAGCUCCCAUGGUUCCCGGUGACAGUCUGGCCUUCCUGUGACACAGGCACCAUUGUGAGACCAUGUCGGCAGUGCAGGCUGCCUGGCCCACGGGCACAGAGUGCAUUGCCAAGUACAACUUCCACGGCACGGCCGAGCAGGACCUGCCCUUCUGCAAAGGGGACGUGCUCACCAUCGUGGCGGUCACCAAGGACCCCAACUGGUACAAGGCCAAGAACAAGGUGGGACGUGAAGGCAUCAUCCCGGCCAACUAUGUGCAGAAGAGGGAGGGCGUCAAGGCUGGCACCAAGCUCAGCCUCAUGCCCUGGUUCCACGGCAAGAUCACGCGGGAGCAGGCGGAGCGGCUGCUGUGCCCGCCCGAGACGGGGCUGUUCCUGGUCCGGGAGAGCACCAACUACCCCGGGGACUACACGCUGUGCGUGAGCUGCGAGGGCAAGGUGGAGCACUACCGCAUCAUGUACCACGCCAGCAAGCUCAGCAUUGACGAGGAGGUGUACUUUGAGAACCUCAUGCAGCUGGUGGAGCACUACAGCUCUGACGCAGACGGGCUCUGCACACGCCUCAUCAAGCCCAAGGUCAUGGAGGGCACGGUGGCCGCGCAGGAUGAGUUCCUCCGCAGUGGCUGGGCGCUGAACAUGAAAGACCUGAAGCUGCUGCAGACGCUGGGGAAGGGGGAGUUCGGAGACGUGAUGCUGGGUGACUACCACGGGAACAAGGUCGCAGUAAAAUGCAUCAAGAAUGACGCCACCGCACAGGCCUUCCUGGCUGAGGCCUCCGUCAUGACGCAACUCCGGCACAGAAACCUGGUACAGCUGCUGGGCGUCAUCCUGGAGGAGAAGAGCGGCCUCUUCAUCGUCACGGAGUUCAUGGCCAAGGGGAGCCUGGUGGACUACCUGCGGUCCAGGGGCCGAUCGGUGCUGGGUGGAGACUGUCUCCUCAAGUUCUCACUAGACGUGUGUGAGGCCAUGGAGUACCUGGAGAUCCAUAACUUCGUGCACCGGGACCUGGCUGCCCGCAACGUGCUGGUGUCCGAGGACAAUGUCGCCAAGGUCAGCGACUUUGGCCUCACCAAGGAGGCGUCCAGCACGCAGGACACGGGCAAGCUGCCUGUCAAGUGGACGGCCCCUGAGGCCCUGCGCGAGAAGAAAUUCUCCACCAAGUCGGACGUGUGGAGUUUCGGAAUCCUGCUCUGGGAGAUCUACUCCUUUGGGCGCGUGCCUUACCCCCGAAUUCCCCUGAAGGACGUGGUCCCCCGGGUGGAGAAGGGCUACAAGAUGGACGCCCCAGACGGCUGCCCACCCGCCGUGUACGACGUCAUGAAGAACUGCUGGCAGCUGGACGCGGCUGCACGACCGUCUUUCCUGCAGCUGCGGGAGCAGCUGGGCCACGUCAAGACGCACGAGCUGCACCUGUGACCCGGGACGGACUGACGGCGGGAUGGACACGCGGCCGUGGCCGCACUGACUGAGCCUGGGCCCGCCUGCCCGCCCCGGACUUCUGUCUCCCCCGCCCCCCUUUUUGAGAUUUUUUUUUCCGUGUGUUUAUUUUUUAUUGUUUUUCAAGACAAGGAGAAAGAAAGAGGCCCGCCGGUGGGCGUUUUCCAAGAAGUGUGGAAAGAUUCCUUCCCGGCCGAGCGCCAGGCCGCGCCCGUCCCAUUGGCCCUGUCGCUUGGUGUUGCCGUGCAUGCUGCGGCUGGGGGCUUGGGGUCCGUGUCGCCUGUAAUAAACGCUGUGGGGAUGCGGCCGCCCGCUGACCCCUCCCGUG